GCGCAGCCCAGUCCCCGCUCAGCGCUCGGACAGCGCAGAGCCGGGAGCCGCCUGCCCAGCGGAGCCGAGCCCCGGCCGGGAGGAGCAUGUGAGCGCCCGGAGGGACCUUCCGCGCCUGCCCGGCUCCAGCAUGCGGCUCCCUCUGCUGCUGGGGCUGCUCCUCUGCCGAGCCGGAGGCCUCCUUGCUCUGCCAAGAGACUGCAUAGCAGCUGAGAAGAUUUGCCUGAUGGACCCUGCCUGCAAUGCCACCUACCAAGCUCUGGAAAACUGCUCCCUUGAUAAGACACGUUUCCUCCUGCUGAGUCCUGAUGCCAGAGCAAGGUGCCGGGAUGCAAAGCUAGACCUCAGAAGCAGCCCUUUACUGCAUUGCAAGUGUCACCGCCGCAUGAGGAGACAGAAGCACUGCCUGCGCAUCUACUGGACUGUUCACUCCAGCUUCACACUUGGUUAUUUCAAUUUGGAGACUUCUCCUUAUGAGGAUCCAGCAAAUGAAGAACCCUGGAAGAUUGACUACAACAAGCUGGCAGCUUUGGUUUCAGGUUCACAUCUAGCAGGGGACAGCGCAAAUGCCUGCCUGAAAGCAACUCACUUCUGCAGCCUGAAUAAGAAAUGUGUCCAUCUGCGCACAUAUUAUGCCUCCAGCUGCACCAACGGGGCAGAGUCUGGAGGCACCUGUGACCAGCGUAAGUGCCACAAAAGGCUACGACAGUUCUUUGAGAAGGUCCCUGAGGAUUUCACCAAGAGGCUCCUGUUCUGUCCAUGUCAAGAUGAGCUCUGUGGGGAGCGACGCCGGAAAACCAUUGUCCCUGAGUGCUCCUUCCAAGACAGCAUCAAACCCAACUGCCUCCUUCUCUUGGACUCCUGUAUCAAAGACCAUAUCUGCAAAUCCCGACUGGCUGAUUUUCAACAGAACUGUCAGCCUGCAGGCAUGUCCCCAGAUGGCUGUUCACAGCACAACCAUGCUGCGUGCCUGAAGGCUUACAUGGGGAUGAUUGGUACAGCCAUGACACCAAACUAUGUUGGUAACUCCAGCACGAAGGUUUCGCUAUGGUGUACCUGCGAGAACAGUGGCAACCAGCAGGAGGAGUGUGACCAGAUACGCAGCAUGUUCGUUAGCAACAAAUUCCUCAAAAAUACAAUUCAGUCUCAGAUGCAUCUGAGCCAGGCAACUCUGGAGGGGCAGGAAGGAUUGUUUUACAUGCCUUCCCUGAGCUUCCAGGGGGACAGCACCAACACUUCCCUUGCUUCAGAAAUGUGCCAGGUCACCGAGACAAAGACAUGGCCAGACAUCUCUGAAUACAACAGCAUGCCCAUGGCCUCCUCUGUGUAUUCUGGAGCUGGGGUUUCCUGGCCCCCAAUGGCCCUGCUGCUAUUGUUGCUCCUGCUCAGCCCACCUUAACUUGACACAACAGGCAUUUGUCCCUUCCACAUAAUUCUCCUCACUCUGCACCCAGAUAUUGACCUACUAACUCACCCUUCGGGAACUGAAGGCCUCCAGAGAAGAGGAACUGAAUAGUCUCACCCCAGAACAGGAAGGCCUGCAUCCUUCUCCUAGGAGUGAGUCAUUUCACUCAGCUCCUUCGGCAGUUAGAACUGCAGGGGUUGGUUGUCCAACACUAUCUUCUCCCCCCCUCCUAGCACUGCAAGAGGAAGAGUAGCCCGCUGGGAGACUUUAGGGCACUAUUUUGUUUGUUUGUAAACACAAAGCUAGUCAAAAUUCUGUCCAAACAGCGUUUGCCUUUUGAAUGAAGGAGAAGGAGAGGCUCCUGCAGGUACCUGCAGCACUCCUCCACCUGGCCAAUUGGUGCUUUUCCUCUAGAGCAGAAAGCACCAGACUGGUGCCCCAGGGGGCAGAGACCUACCUCUAUGGUAUCCUGAGAGCAGAGCAGGGCAAACUGACCCAGACACUCUGUAAAUACCAGCUCUGGGUUCUGGUCAGGAUCCUUUUGAUCAUUUUUCAAAUCCAUUAUUUUAAGCCUGUAAAAGAAAACCGCCCCAAAGCCAAAGCAAAGAAGCUGGGCUCUGGCCUCUGCUCUUGUUUCUUGUCCCUUUCAGCCAUCCAUAUCUUCCACUCUUAGUGCUAGCAAGAGAUGUAGCCUUGGAUUUCAGCUCGAUUUCUUCACUCAGUCCCAUUAAACCUUGUCCAGCAUUCCAUGACACUGCCUGGCUAGGCCAUGCUUUUCUAGGACUUCUAGGAGAAAGCAUGCAGGCUUGUUCAGCUGUACCCAGCACAGCUCCCUAGGGACAUACUGUGCUGAUUUGCAGUGCAGAGACCUCAGACAGCUGCAGUGACCUAGUGUCCCUUCACAUACCCUUUGCCCCCUCCACAGUCUCCCUCCUCUCUGUCAGGUUCCAUUUUAUGACCUAUUUAUUCUGGGUGUAAACAUGUGUGUUGUGUAACUGCUAUUCUGUUGCGCUGCAGUGGCCUGUAAAAAUGUGGUGUUCAAGUGAA